ACAAACUUCAGAGUAAAACAAUCUGCUGAGAGAGACACAGUCAGUGAGAACGCAUUUUGAUGGGCAUGGAUAUCGUGUUUAUCAUGGAAAUGGUGGAGCUCGUGGGCAUCGCCCUGGGAGUCAUAGGAUUAAUACUGACCAUUGUGAUCUGUGCACUCCCCACCUGGAGUGUGACAACCAUUAUAGCCGGUAACGUUGCCACCACAGAGGUGGUCUGGUACGGCCUGUGGAUGUACUGUGUGACCCAAGGCACAGGACAGACACAGUGUGAGGUGGACAACUCUGUCUGUCUAUGGUGUGGAUCAUUACUAUGGAACAGUUGGAGAUAUGGUCUGCAGCCUGCCAGAGCCAUGAUCCUCACUGCCAUCAUCCUGGGGGUUCUGGGGGUCAUGGUCUCCAUGGUCAGAGCCAAGUGCACCAACUGCAUCAAAGACAAAACGUCUCAGGCCAAGUUGAUAAUUAUCACUGGAAUACUUUUCAUCCUGGCUGGAAUUCUCAUCCUUAUAGCUGUGUCCUUGGUAGCCAAACGAAUCAUCAGCAACUCCUCCAAGUGGAUGGAAAGAAAGACUGAGUUGGGGGCCUCGCUGUACUUCGGAUGGGUGGCAGCCUCCCUGCUCCUGAUUGGAGGGGUCUUACUGUGCAUCACUGUGGGAGUCUUUGGAUGGACGAUGGGAAUCUUUGGAUGGAUAGUCUCCCUAGUGUCCUGUUAUAUCUCUAUAAGUCAUUAUUAUUAUAUUUGGGACAUGAAGAAGGUUCUGAUGACGAUCACCUCCAUCUCCUCCAUCCUGGGAACUCUAGGAGUGAUGGGAUCCAUCUUUGGGACCAGGUGCUGCAACUGCAUCGAGAGUAACAGGAUCAGGGUCAAGGCCAGGUUUAUCGUUGGAAUAUUCUUCAUCCUGGCCGGUAUCCUGCAGCUCACCACUGAAAUUGUGGUUGUCCAUUUCUUGAUAAUGGAUGUCCAACGGCAGCUCGCUCAUCUCGUCGAUUUUAUCCUAUCCGACCUGGUUUUCUUAGCUGAAUUGAGUAUGUGGUCCGCCUCCAUGCUCCUGAUAGGAGGGACCAUACUCUGCUGCUCCAUAUUCAAGAGGACCAGUCAGACUCAUCGAUGACUCAAUCAACCUCCCGCUAACAGCUCUGUCUUCAAUAGGUCAUAGAGGAGAUUAUGUCAUAUUGUGGUGGGAUCAUAGUCUGGUGUAGCUGCUGCUACUACUACUGCUUUAACAGAGAGGCUGUACUUUCUUUUAAUGAAUAAAAUUGAGGUAAUAUAAUUUUAAUUAUAUAAUUGUAAUUCUAUGAUGAAGGAAACUCUGUCCUUUCUGUUCAAUGUUUAACAGUCGGAAAGUACCAGAUAGGUGUGAAAGCAACAUAGUUAUUGUUCCACCUUGUCUUUGACACAUCAAAGAGGACUUUAUGACACAUUGUGUUCAAAUAUUCAGUUAAUUUAGAGUGAGAGUAGACGUUCCUGAGGAGACUGCAAUGAAGGGACAUAUUCUGACUGUUUCCUCUCUGAU